AGUUUUUUUGUGCAAUUUCGACAUGUGCAGGAGUUUGUCUGCAAUCUUUGAUGGAUUAAUUCCUCUCCUACACACCUGUCCUUUAUUGUUUUGUUUUUUAAGCUUCAGCACAUUUUGAUAUCAGAUUGUAUUGUUUCGGAAAAAGUAUCCAAGUAUUGAAAAUGUUGACAACCUUACUUUACACCGAACUCCAUAAACUCCAUUCUCAUGACGGGUAAAACUUUGGCUCAUGAACAUGUAAAACCAUCUGCUGCUUCAGUCCGACCAAUCACCGUUCAGCUGUGACGUCGUCAGCUCAAUACGCUGAUCAUCAAAUGAGGCUCCUCCGGGUCCAGUGAGUCCAGCUUGUGAUCCUGCAGCCCCGAGUCAGAAGAGGAGGGAGAACACAUUAUAGAGGAUCUUCAUCAUCUUCCUUAUCAGCAUCAUUUCCAUCAGUCAGAGCGGCUCGGAUCAUCCAGACCCGGGUCAGUAACCCGCUCCUGGCCCGGGUGAGUAUGAGACAGAGGCUGCUGAUGGACAGACUCGGAGCGCAGCCCGGAGACACAUGAAGAGGACAUGGAGACUCGGAGCUGUGGAGUCCGAAGCAUGUGCACCCUGAGCCUGCUGCUGGUGUCCGUGUGUCCGCUGUGCUGCAGGUCGAGCUGGAUGUGGCUGGGUGUGACCUCGACGGGGGUCCCGGAGAAGCAGGGCUGUGCUAACCUCCCUCUGAGCCACAAACAGAGAGAGCUGUGCCGGAAGAAACCGUUCCUGCUGCCCAGCAUCCAGGACGGAGCCCGACUCGCCGUGUCCGAGUGCCAGAGUCAGUUCAGACACGAGAGGUGGAACUGCUCCACCAGCGAGCGGCCGCCCGUGUUUGGACACGAGCUGACCAGCGGGACCAAAGAGACGGCGUUUAUCUACGGGGUGAUGGCGGCGGGGCUGGUCCACGCCGUCACGCGUUCCUGCAGUCAGGGGAACAUGACGGAGUGCGGCUGCGACGCUCAGCUUCAAGGCGGCGGCUUGUCGACGGACGGCUGGCACUGGGGCGGCUGUUCGGACCACAUCCAGUACGGGACCUGGUUCAGCCGCAGGUUCAUCGACAACGCCGCGAAAAACACGUCGAUGACUCGAGGAGGGUACACGCCGAGCACGAUGAACCAACACAACAGUGAGGUGGGCCGACAGGCAAUCGAGCAGACGAUGUCCACAGACUGUCGCUGUCACGGCGUCUCAGGCUCCUGCGCGGUCAAAACGUGCUGGAAGACGAUGGCGCCGUUCGAGCGUGUCGGCGUGUACCUGAAGGAGCGCUACGAGAACAGCGUUCAGGUGUCGGACCGCUCCAGGAGGAAGACGAGAAGGAAGGAUCAGCAGCGCCCCCCUGUGGACAAACAGCAGCUCAUCUUCUUCAACAAGUCUCCAAACUACUGCCUCGAGGACCGGCGUCGCGGCGUCGCCGGCACCAGGGGGCGCCGCUGCAACCGAACGUCCACCGGCUCGGACAGCUGCAACCUGCUGUGCUGCGGCCGCGGAUACAACACGCACGUGGUGAGGCACGUCCAACGCUGCGAGUGCAAGUUUGUGUGGUGCUGCUACGUCCGCUGCAAGCGCUGCGAGAGCAUGAACGACAUGCACACCUGUAAAUAACGACCACGCACCUGAAAACAAAGACAACACAUCUGUUAAAUAAAUACAACAGCACCUUGAAACACGACACACCUGUAAAUACAUCAAACCUGGAAGCUAACAAACACCUGUAAAUAAUCAGAGCAAUUCAUAAAAAAUGGCAUUAAAUGUUUUUGUAUUUUUACCAAUAAACUUUUAUUUUUA